AUGGGUUGUACACACUCAAAGCUCUUAAGGAAGAGAAGAAAGAAAUCAACGUUUCAAGAAUGCAGCUUCAUAGAACAGAAUGAAUCACAUAGGGAAUUCCAAAGGCAAAGACCAGAUCGGGAGAAUUUUUCGAAGCGAAAACAGGAGUUUGCAACCGAAGAUGGUUUUACACAUAUAAAUCCAACAUCCCAAUUGAAGAUUCAAGAUGGCGAAGGUGACUUGAUGACGUCAAUAGGAUUUCGUGAAAACAAUUCCAGUCAUGUCAGGCUAAUGAGGAACCUCGUUCUGGUGGAGUUUCCUCGUCGGAGGCGUGAAAUGGAAUUCCGUCGCCGGAAGCUAUGUGCAAUGUAUAUUCUAGCAAUGACUGCUUUCGUCCAUUGCAUGGGAGUCAGGCCAGCUGGAAUCAACACGACACUGCUUCUAUUGGGUUAUGUAGUUUUCCUUGGUGUGUGGCGUCGACCACAAAAUUACGUCUUGGCUUAA